AUGACAGAAAAAGACUCUGAAAAGGGUAGUGUAAAGCCCGAGUACGAUGAACCAAUUCAAGCUGAAGUCCUUCCCGUUUCCAAUAUACAACUCGGUGAAACGAGAAGAGCUUUGAAAUCUAGACAUGUACAGUUAAUUGCUCUUGGCGGUUGUAUUGGUACGGGUCUUUUCGUCGGUUCUGGUCAAUCGUUGGCUCAGUCAGGUCCUGCUUCCUUGUUUCUCGCUUACAUCGUCAUGUCGUUUGUAAUUUGGAGUGUCAUGAACGUUUUGGGUGAAAUGAACACUUACCUUCCUAUCGCCGGUGCUUCUCCUUCUCUCUAUAUCGACCGCUUUGUCGAUAAAUCUCUGGCUUUUGCUACUGGUUGGAAUUAUUGGUAUGCUUAUGUCUUUCUUAUGGCUUCUGAAGUCACUGCCGCUGCUAUUAUCAUCGAAUACUGGACCGAAUCCGUCCCUGCCGCUGCUUGGAUUGCCAUUGUCCUUUUUCUCUUGGCCAUGCUCAAUUCUUUCCUCGUCAAAUGGUACGGUGAAACUGAGUUUUGGCUUGCCAUCGUCAAAGUCGUCACCAUCGUCGGUCUGAUUAUCCUUAGUAUCGUCAUCUUCUUUGGAGGCACCCCAAAACACGAUCGUUUAGGUUUCCGAUACUGGAAACACGGCAUGGCUUUCCGUGAAUACUUGGUCACCGGUGGCCCCGGUCGUCUUUGUGGUUUUUGGAUGGCUGUUGUCAAGAGUGGUUUCUCUUUUGUUCUUUCUCCCGAAUUAAUUACCAUUGCUUCCGGUGAAACCGAAGCUCCUCGUCGAAACAUCCCAAAGGCCACAAGCAGAUUCAUCUACCGUCUUGCCUUCUUUUACAUUCUCGGUACCUUGGCUAUCGGUGUCAUCGUCUCUAGCAAAGAUCCCCACUUGUUGAGCGCUGUCUCCAAAGGUUCCGGUAGUGCCAGUGCUUCUCCUUUUGUUAUUGGCAUCCAAAACGCUGGAAUCCGCGUUUUAAAUCACAUCAUCAAUGCUGUCAUUCUAACUUCUUCCAUUUCUUCCGGUAACUCUUUCUUGUACGCUGGCUCACGUUCCUUGUACUCCCUUGCCGUUGACGGACAAGCCCCCAAAAUCUUCAAGCGCUGUAAUCGAUGGGGCGUUCCUUAUGUCUCUGUCUUGUUCACCAUCCUCAUUGCUUGCCUUUCCUUCUUAAAUGCCUCCUCCUCCUCCGCCAUGGUCUUUACCUGGUUCACAAAUCUUUCUACUAUCUCUGGCUUCAUUGCUUGGAUCUGUAUCCUCAUUACUUACCUCCGUUUCAGAAGAGCCAUGGUCAAAGAAAACAUGUUAAAUCUCAUGCCCUUCCGUUCUCCCUUUCAACCCUAUGCUUCCUACAUAACCAUUUUCAUUGUUUCGUUGAUCACAAUCACCAAUGGUUUCCCCGUCUUCGUUGGCCAUCACUUCACUGCUUCUAGUUUCAUUGCCGCUUAUAUUACAUUGCCUAUUUUCUUAGUCUUGUAUUUGGGCCAUAAGCUAUUCACGAAAAAUUGGAAGUGGUUCAAGAGAGUCGAUGAAUUGGACAUUACGAGUGGCUUGGCUGAAGCAGAGGAAGUUGAAAGUAGAUACAUUUUGCCAAAACCGAAAAAUUUUCUUGAUAAAAUAUGGAUGUGGAUUGCUUAA